AGUUUCCUGUUUGGGUACAGUGGUGGCGGGAGAUUGCAGCAUGGCGGUGCAGCCGAAACAGAACUUGUCUAUGGACAGUGCAGCCGAGCAUGGCUUUCUAAACUUCAUUUUUUCUAUGCCAGAGAAACCGGACACUACUUUCAGAAUAUUUGACCGUAACGACUACUACACUGUUCACGGAAAAGACGCCAUAUUCGCAGCGAAGGAAGUUUUCAAGACGAAUGGGGUCAUCAAAAAUCUGGGCUCGGGGAGCCGCAAGCUGGAGAGUGUGGUCCUGAGCAAGCUGAACUUUGAGGCCUUUGUGAAAGACCUGCUGCUGGUGAGGCAGUACAGAGUAGAAGUGUACAAGAACCACAGCAAGAGCAGCAAGGAACACGACUGGAAGAUCGAGUACAAGGCGUCUCCAGGAAACUUGACUCAGUUUGAGGAGAUUCUGUUUGGUGGUGGAACCGGAGCGGAGGGUUGUGCAGGAGUUGUUGCUGUUCGGUUUUCUACAGGAGCUGACGGACAACGUGUGGUCGGGGUCGGCUAUGUGGACGCAGCCCAGAGGACGAUGGGAGUGUGCGAGUUUCCAGACAACGAGAUUUUCUCCAAUCUGGAGUCCCUGCUUGUCCAAAUCAGCCCAAAAGAGUGUCUUUUAGCCCAGGGUGAAGCCAACACAGACGGCAACAAACUACGGGAGGUGGUACAGCGUGGCGGUAUACUGGUCUCUGACAAGAAGAGAGCGGAGUUUAGUUGCAAGGAUGUGGUGCAGGAUCUCAAAAGGCUGCUGAGGGUGAAAAGAGGAGAGACUGUGGCGAGCAACACACUGCCUGAGCUGGACAAACAGGUGGGGGAGAACCUGAUCAAGGACUUCCUGGAGAAGGCUAAGUCACUUUCUGUUGCCACCAUGAGUGAGGAAGAGGUGAAGGCGGAGCUCCGGAGAAUGAAGCAGGAGCUUAUUGUCAAAAAUAACACAUACAUCACGGAGAUCCUUGCACGCUGUGUUCCUGCAAAAACAGCUUGA